AUGCCGGGCCCGCGGGCGCUGCUGGGGCUGGGCCUGCUGGUGGCGGCGGCGCGGGCGGGCGGGCGGUGCCGGGACCGGCGCUGGGGCUGGGGCUGGCACCGGGACCGGGAGCUGUGCCCGUGUCUUCCCCGCCGCGCCAUGCACGUCCCCGGCCCCACGGGGCUCCGCUUCCUGGGGCAGGAGGAGGCCCAGGCCAUCGACCAGGAGCUCUUCAAUGAAUACAAGUUCAGCGUGGACCAGCUGAUGGAGCUGGCAGGGCUGAGCUGUGCCACUGCCAUUGCCAAGGCCUACCCACCCAGCUCCUUCACCACGAGCCAGCCCGCUGUGCUGGUGGUCUGCGGGCCAGGGAACAACGGCGGCGAUGGGCUGGUCUGUGCCCGGCACCUGAAGAUGUUUGGCUACCAGCCAACUGUGCAUUACCCCAAGCAGCCCAGCAAGCCCCUCUUUGAAGGUUUGACCACCCAGUGCAAGAAGAUGGAUAUUCCCUUCCUCCCAGAGUUCCCAGCUGAGGCUGCAUUCAUUGACGAGCUCUAUGGCCUGGUGGUGGAUGCCAUUUUCGGCUUCAGCUUCAAGGGAGCAGUGCGGGAGCCCUUUGGCAGCAUCCUCAGCACCCUCGAGCAAGUCACGGUGCCCAUUGCCAGCAUUGACAUCCCCUCAGGCUGGGAUGUGGAGAAGGGGAAGGCAGACGGCCUCCAGCCUGACAUGCUCAUCUCCCUCACGGCGCCCAAGAAGGCAGCGAUGCAUUUCACGGGCCGGUACCACUUCCUUGGGGGCAGGUUUGUGCCCCCUGCACUCCAGGAGAAAUACGCUCUAAACCUGCCAGCGUAUCCUGGCACAGACUGCGUCCUGCAGCUGACCUAGAGCUGGGGCCACAGGGGCUGGGGGGGCCAGGCUCGGCGUCAGCACUGCACACCAGGGCCAAAUUCUGCCCAAGCCUCUGCUAGGAGGGUGCUCAGCACCUCAGUGGGCUUCAGUGUGAGCCAGCAGGAUCAAAAGGCCCAGGAGGUGGGAGUGGUGAGGGGCUGCAGGAGAUCUGUUUGGGGUUGCUGCCUAAUCCAAGUGCUAAAGGUGUAAAGGUGAUCUGGAAUCCGGGGUUCUGCCACUCAUGGCACCACUCACACUUCAGGAUAAUCUGAUUACAAUAAAGAUUUAUUCAUGCCCCUGAAAAAAAACCUCAGUACUCUG